CGGUGACGUCGCGCCGGGAAUAACCCGGGCUGCAGCGCCCAGGACCGGCGGAGAGCCAGGGUGGGCGCCGGACGGAGCCUGGGCGCGCUCGGAACCCGGGCCCGCCGCCCCAACCUGCCGCCGCUAUGUACGACCCUGAGCGCGGCUGGAGCCUGUCCUUCGCCGGCUGCGGCUUCUUGGGCUUCUACUACGUCGGGGUGACCAGCUGCCUGAGCGAGCGCGCCCCGCACCUCCUUCGCCACGCGCGCAAGUUCUUCGGCGCCUCGUCGGGCACGCUGCACUGCGCCUUCUACCUCGCCGGGAUCCCGCUGGAGCAGAGAUUGCGGAUCCUCGUGGACGUUGUCCGGACUGUCAGGAGCCGGAACUUGGGGAUCCUCCACCCAGCCUUCAGCUUGAGCAAGCAUGUCCGAGACAUUCUCCACAGACACCUCCCCGACAACGUCCACCAGCUGCUCUCUGGCAAGAUGGUCAUGUCACUUACCAGAGUGUCCGACGGAGAAAACGUGCUGGUGUCGGAUUUUCAUUCCAAAGCUGAAGUCGUGGACGCCUUGUAUUGUUCCUGCUACAUCCCUGUCGUCUUUGGCUUGAUCCCCCCUUCCUUCAGAGGCGUGCGAUAUGUGGAUGGAGGAAUAACUGAUAACUUACCCUUCAUUGAUUCCAAAACAACCAUCACCGUGUCUCCCUUCUAUGGGGAGAGCGACAUCAGCCCCAGAGUCAAGUCCACGUUCUUACUUCACGAAGGCUUCACCAGGCUCAACAUGCACUUCUGCACAGAGAACCUCUGCCUGAUGUUCCAGUCGCUCUUCCCCCCGGAUGUCAAGGUGCUUGGAGAGAUGUGCCUUCAAGGAUAUUUAGACGCGCUCAGGUUCUUGGAGAAGAACGGCAUCCGCGACGGGCCCCAUCUGUGCCUGAGUGUGUCCCCAGCAGAGUCGGAGCCAGAGGCGGAGCCUGAGAGCCUGGAGCCUUUUCUGGGCGUGGCCACCUGGGAGGCGUGGCCUGAGCGAGAGGAGCUGCUGGAACAAGUGCGCCUUGGGGUGCUCUCCUGGGACGAGAGCGUCCUGGAGACCCUCUCGCCCAAGCUCACCAUGGCACUGAGGAAUGCAAUGAGAAGCCGAGACGGGUUCAUAAACAAGAUUUUCAGCUUCUUCCCAGUUAAGAUCAUGUCCUACGUGAUGCUGCCCUGCACACUGCCCGUGGAGUCUGCCAUCGCUGUGGUCCAGAGACUGGUGACGUGGCUUCCGGACAUGCCCAGUGACAUCCAGUGGCUGUGGUGGGCCACCUCCCACCUGUGUUCUCAGGCCAUGGUGCAUCUGCUCCCCGCGUCCAGUGACACCACAGACCAGAGCGGCAGGUCGGCGGCUGAGUCAGAAUUCAUCGUUUGUUUCAGAUCCCAAAUCCCAGCAAGCGGCCAACGGCCUUCCUCCACAAACCGGAACACCGUGGGCGCCGCCAGGCUUCCUGCUCCCCCGUGGACCCACAGAGGCCAGAGCUGACAUCUGUGAUGUACGCAGAAUGACCUCCGUGCUGAGUUUGUAGUGUCCUGAAACCAAAGGCAAUCUUUCUGUCUUACAAAAAGCUAGGAAGCGACUCUUGGUGUGUGCAGUGGGUGCGGAGCUCAAGGAUACCCAGGAUAUGAGUCUCUAAGUAUCGGGGACCUUGCGGCGGGGGGCUGGGCUGCCCUUUGUGUGGUCUCGGGGGUUGCGGGGGAGGACGGUGGUCCCAUCUCUCCAUACAGGAAGCAGUAAGUGUGGGGCGAGGCGGGCUACCAUCCUCCCAAGGACAUCCCUGGUUAGGGGGUACAUUAUGAGGUGGUAACUAACUUGCACUCUGGUACAUCUUUCUGACCUAUUCUAAAUAUUUGGUGGAGUUAUAUUAGACAUAACUCUCGGUUGGCACUGAGAGAGGGCAUCAGAGGGCAGACACACUGACACCAUAAUCACAGAAAACUAGCCAAUCUGAUCACAGGAACACAGCCUUGUCUAACUCAAUGAACCUAAGCCAUCCCGUGUG